GCUGCGAGCAGAAGCCGCCUCCCCACUCUCCUACGGCCCCGUCUUCCCCCCACGAAUCCACUUCUCGCCAGAUCCGCCGUGUCAUGGCUCCCCGGCGUAAAGCCUCGUCUAUCCCGGAGGGAUACACCGAAGAUCUCUCGAAAGGCAAGAUGCUCCGAUUUGAAGAAUCCCUCCCUCGAUUACCCGUCCCCUCGCUGGAGGAGACGGGCCGACGCUACCUCAAGUCCGUCCAUCCCCUAGUGUCCGAAGCAGAGUACGAGCGCACCAAGAAGGCGGUCGAGGCGUUCGUGCGUCCCGGUGGAGAAGGGGAGCCCCUGCAGGAACGGUUGCUCGCCCGCGCGGCCGACCCCAAGACCAAGAACUGGCUUCUGGAAUGGUGGAACCACGCGGCCUACCUUGCCUACCGGGACCCGGUCAUUCCCUACGUCUCCUACUUUUACUCGUACCGCGACGACCGGGCCCGCCGAGACCCCGCCAAGCGGGCCGCAUCGGUGACGACGGCUGCCCUCGAGUUCAAGCGCCUAGUGGACUCGGGGGAGCUGGAGCCGGAGUACAUGCGCGGCCAGCCCAUGGCCAUGAGCUCGUAUGAGUACAUGUUCAACUGCUGCCGGAUUCCUGGCGACGGCGUGGACUAUCCCCAGAAGUAUCCUGCCAAGGACCACGAGCACAUUGUGGUGGUGCGGAAGAACCAGUUCUUCAAAGUGCCUCUGGCCGUGAACGGCCGGCCGUUGAACAACUCCGAGUUCCAGCGCCAGUUCGAGCGCAUUUAUCAGAUCGCGCAGCGGUCGCCCCCGGUCGGAACGCUGACGGUCGCCAACCGAGACGCGUGGGCCGACGCCCGGAAGAAGCUGCUGGCAGCUCACCCGGCCAACGAGCAGGCGCUGCGCGAUAUCGAGUCCAGCGGGUUCGUGGUGUGCUUAGACGACGCGUCGCCCGUGACCCUGGAGGAGCGUGCCCACCAGUACUGGCACGGGGAUGGCGCCAACCGCUGGUUCGACAAGCCGCUGCAGUUCAUCAUCACUGACAACGGCACGGCCGGGUUCAUGGGCGAGCACAGUAUGAUGGAUGGCAGUCCCACCCACCGCUUGAACGAUCAUAUCAACAGUCUGAUCUUUGGCAACAAGAUCGACCUGUCCGAGCAGGCGGUACGGUCCGACCUGCCCGAUCCGCGGCCCAUCACCUUCCACCUCAACGGGGAGGUGGACGAGGCGAUUGAGGCGGCCACCAAGGAGCACCGCCAGCAGAUCGCGAACCACGAGCUGCGCGUGCAAGCCUACCAGGGCUACGGCAAGGGGCUGAUCAAGAAGUUCAAGUGCAGCCCGGAUGCGUACGUGCAGAUGAUCAUCCAGCUGGCCUACUACAAGAUGUACGGCAAGAACCGACCGACGUACGAGUCGGCGUCGACGCGCAAGUUCCAGGAGGGACGGACGGAGACGAUCCGCACGGUGUCGGAUGAGAGUGUGGCUUUCUGCCGGGCCAUCAGCGACCCCGCGGUGGCUCGGGAGGAGGUGGUGCGGCUGUUCCGGGCGGCGCUGACGGCGCACUCCAAGUACACGGCCGAGGCCAGUGACGGUCGGGGCGUGGACCGUCAUCUGUUUGGGUUGAAGAAGCUGGUGCGCGAGGGCGAGAAGCUGCCGGCGCUGUACGAGGACCCGGCGUAUGGGUACAGUGGGUCGUGGUAUCUGUCGACCAGCCAGCUGAGCUCGGAGUUCUUCAAUGGCUACGGAUGGAGCCAGGUGAUUGAUGAUGGGUUUGGAAUUGCGUACAUGAUCAAUGAGAACAGUUUGAACUUCAACAUCGUGUGCAAGCGGUUGGGGGCGGAGCGGAUGAGCUACUUUCUGAACGAGGCGGCGUCUGAUCUGCGGGAUGUGUUGAUGCCUGAUCUGGCUGCUCAGAGCGAGAAGGCCAAGUUGUAAGCUCGACGAUAGACCGCGAAUGCUGUAGACUGAAUGGAUGCAUGAGAGUGAGUGGAUUGAAGAAAGGAAUCCGCCCGAGCGGCAAAUCGGGUGGAAGUC